CCUUUCCACUGACAAACCGUGACAGAAGACAGGACCUACCAAGAAGAUGAACUGGGCUGAAAACUUACUUUCCUCCAUCCGGCAAGAUGGUCGUCCUCUGGCGCGAUAUGUGGAAGAGUUUGUGGAAUUCUCCCAUCUGUUAAGAGAAAUACGAACAGGCCUCAUCCUGUCUUAUCUCAUAAGCGAUUUGAGCACUCCAACUCAUCCCAAGCCUGCUACCAAAACCUCCACAUCCCUGAACAUUGGGAUCAUCUUCUUCGCUCCAGAGGCCACUCCCGUUCCAGAAUCCGCUCCAGUCUUCAGACCAGUAAAAGUGUCGGCGCCAGUGCAUGUCCCUGAACUUCUGAAUAUGGCGCUCCCUCCAGAGUUCUUGGCCCCUAUCCUCUCGCCAGUGUCGGCUCCAGCCCCUGAGCCUCCUUCGUCUCCGCUGGUCCCGUCCAGCCCUCAUUCGUCUCCUGAGCCCCCUGUGAUCGGUCACGUGUUUGUUUCUGUCUGCCCUUAUUUGGUUCAGUUCCUGUUCUCAUUUAGUUAAUCAUCAUUCAUUAGUUUCCACCUGUUGCAUUAAUCCUCUUAUUAAUCCAUCGUUUGAUUUUGUAUAAA